UAAACAAAAUUGGAAAAGCGGAACAAAACCAAAAACAUUUAACCAACCGGCAAAUAAAUGAAUGUUAUUCAUAGACUGCUUAUGAAAGUUUAAAAGAAAACCAUUGCGAGAUUAAGAGAGAGAAGAAAAAAUUUCUCUCAACAAAAAAGCGAUUGUGGAGAGGAAAAGCCCAGCUUGACAGCUUUUACAUUUUCCAUUUUCCCCCCAAUUAAGCACCACACAGCUAUGAAAGCCGAAUGCUCGAACAGUUGCUGUGAGAUUUUGAAACGAGACGGUUGUGAAUGGCGGAUGUAGUGUUGUGUGCAUUUGGUAAUAUUGUUGCUCCUUUUUCUACUCACCGUUCAACCUAAUAAGCACAGGAGCCAUGGCAGGCAAUUGUAUUGUGAAACAGAAAGCGAAUAAGAAGAAAAAAACACCAAUAACACAAGAACAAGUGUGUUGAAAUGGUUCGGGCGUUUGUUUAAUGGAUAUUUGCAUUACUGGUUGUAUGAAUGUAUAGCACGGUGGUUAAUGAACAAUGCCCAGACCAGUCAAGAGUAUGGGGUGAACUACUACCCUUUUGCGAGAAACAUUUCACGACACAUACAUACAAACCCAAAACGCUGUGAAGUGAAACAAAAGAAUCCACACGUUGAUAAUUUUCAGUAAAUAAUGCUACUUUAAGUAAAACUAUGAAUGCACUCAAAGAAUGAACUCAAAAAAUACCAGCGGAUUAAAUAAACUACAUACAGAAGGAUUAUUACAAAGCAUAUUUUAUGGCGUUUAAAAAGUGAACAAUUUCGUUAUGCGAAAGAAUGAAAGAGAUGGAAUAAAGUCAAGUUAUAUAAACCCCCUAUUCUAAAGGGCUAAAGUAUACAAUAAGUGAAAAAACGAGGAAAUGCAAUCCAGUCCAAUCUCUACUGAAAAGUUGCAGAUUUAUAUUUUCUUUCUCAAGUAUUGAAUAAUAUUUAAUAAUAUCUUUAGUGUGCGAGUGAUUUUAGAGCCUCAAAUAUUUGCCUACCAACCAAACGGCUGUUAAAAUCCCUGCCCCGUGACGAAGUGAAACAAAAUAAGGAUAAACUCGACGUGUAAGCAUCUGUGUGGUAACCUUGACAUGAGGGGGAAUAUAGCGUAUGCCCUUUAACAUAUGUAUGUAAAUGAAUAUGUAAGCAUUUGUGUGAGAGCUUACACAAUCUGCGGCCUAUAUUCAAAAGUUAUUCAAGCAAAUGUUCGAAGGAAGGCAGACGCAUAACGGCACACAACAUUAGUCGCUUCCUUGAGAAGCUUACCUACGAAAAUUCUUCACGCACACCCAUAAAAAACCACUGAAGUACAUGUGUAUUUGUGUGUAUUCAAUGCACGUACCAUACAUAUAGUGUAUAUACGUGAAAGCUUGUCUGCUACGAAUAUACUCAAUUCGGCGGCUCCAACGAUCUUUAAUUACUUUUGUUUAAUUUUUGUUUUCAUUUUUGCCAUAAGCAUAUCUGUCGAGUGGCAGACAAAACGGCAUCUAGCAGUGGUUGUGAGACUAGUAAUUUCGUCUUUGAUAUCGAGCUGUUAAGCUGACGUAUGGUGUGCAAGCAAAAGGAUAAAAUACUAAAACGUAAAAUUGGCCGAAAGUCUCUGAAUAUAUGAUCAAAUUUUUGUGUGGCAUAUGCGAGCGAACUUGUGGACUCCGUCACUUCUUUUCAAUACACCCAACCUUUAUUGGUGUAGCGCUGUUCUAAAAUCCUACUAGUUACUGCAUUUUGCUUUUGCUGUCACGGCACUGUGAUGUACUUACUCCUUUUACGUCAAUAUCAUUACUUCACCUUCUCACUUCAUCGCCAGAAUUUAUAUACUCUUCACCAUCAUCGACUUCGACCACGUAUUCUUCACUACAAACUGGCAUUUUAUUUUCGGAGCCUAAUUACAGCAGAUGCUUUUGAAACAUGCCCAAACAAGUCAAUGCUGCCAAGACUGCUGCGACAGACGACGGAGCCGUAAAGCCAUUUGAGUCCACAUUGAAUGGUGGCGACAACAUCAUAACCAUCAGCACAAGCAGUCUCACCAACGAGUGUCAUUCAUCCGCCCUCAAUGAGGAUUCGCUGAAAUCUGCAUCAUCUAAAUUAGAAUCAGCUAAUAGCGACACUGCCGCUCGUCAGCAUUCCUGCACUUAUUUGAAGCCCCCAGCUACAGCCGUUUCAGUUUCUGCUGCCAACGUCGAAAUACAUACUCAGACCCGAUCAUCCCCCCGUUGUUGUGAUCUGUCGCGUUUAAUUUCAUUCCAAGAUAAUAACGCUGAUGUCCAUCAUCGUCGAGGUCGCCGCUUGCAUGGCUUACAAGUACCGCUACAUCCGCUACAAGUAUUCGGUUGGCUCGUGCUGAUACUAUUCGGUAUUGCCUCGUUCUUGGUGUUGAUACCGUCGUUCACGAGUGAAUUUCAAGGUCCGCUUUACGGCCUUAUUUCGGGUUUGUAUAUAGUGCAUGUUGCAUCACAUUUGGCUGCACUUCUAAUUGAUCCCGCGGAUCGUGAGCUACAGCGUGUCCAUCGCAACGAUCGUAUUGUACCGGAGUUCGAUCGUAAUAAACACGCACAUGUUAUUGAGAACGGUCGUUGCCAUUUGUGUAACAUACGCACUUCGUCACCGCGUACUAAGCACUGCUCGGUUUGUAAUAAGUGUGUCGGAAAAUUCGAUCAUCACUGCAAAUGGCUGAAUCACUGUAUCGGUUCGCGUAACUAUGUAGCAUUUCUAAUGUGCGUGGUCAGUGCAGUGAUUGCAACGGUGGUGAUUGUCGCGGCAGUGGUAGCACAAAUUAUGCUUUAUUAUGUGCACCCUGAAUGGCUGAGCUUCUGGCAUCCAAUAGCCGGAAAUGGCGCAAGCAGCGGCCUAUCAAGUGAAAGUAUUGCUAACAAUGCCAACAUAGACCCCAAUGUCGUACAAUUUAUCCAAAAUGAGAGUGUGCUUAAUAGCACUAUUGGAGAAACAGCCAAUGUUACCAAUAACUUCGAUGUCGCCGCAAAUGUCACAACCAACAAUGCAACUUAUCUGCUGGAUACCGAUAUGUUGCCGGAUGUGACUUUGCCAACGCCCGCUGCGAAUGUAAGUACACUAAUUGCGGACACAAUCAACGAUACAGUGCUGUUGCACUUAAACCAAACAUUCACAGGCGCAGAGACAACAUUGGAUGAUGCAGGCGACAUUUCCAAAAACAAUAUUACAGCUGCCAGAAUCGCCGGCAUUAGUGUUAGUGAUACCAUUUUCCUGGUGCUAAUUGGCUUCCUGGGACUCUUGGCUGCUAUCACGGCAGGCCUCCUUCUGCAUCUUUGUUUUUUCCAUAUAUACAUCUCUUUCCUCGGUCUUACAACCUACGAAUACAUACGUAAUCAUCGCCAAGUGCAAGAGAACAAAGCUAAACAAACGAUUUCAAACCUGCCAAAAGAAGAUCAUCAACAUUUCCCUUUGACUCCGUCCAAAAAGACUAAUGACUGCGGCCAAAUGUAUAUCUGCUCCAGUACAAGGCAUCCAAAUGCUAUAAGUCCAGCCGAUUUGCAUUAUUUUGAAACGCGUAAGCCACUUCCAAAGCGUGAGGAAAGUCCGCGGUCGAAGUUGCAUUGUUGUGUUGAUUCCCGAGAAUAUCAUCAACCGGCUAUGAAGGCGUACUAUAUGUGCUCGCUGCUCGAGGAGAAUGCCCCAAGUUCGCCGCUUGGAAUAUCGCAUAUCAGUGGUAGAGGAAAUUCUAGAACUGGGGGUUUGUAUGACUCAAACGGAACACCUGAAACAACGGAUAGCGGCUAUAAGACAAUCCAUUGUUGUUCUUCAUUUGGCACUCUAGCGACCCAGCGUAGAGUCAGCGCUGCCACUUCCAAAGCCACUUUGGUUAGUGACAUAGAAGCGAUAAGUGCACGACGUUCAUAUAUGCAGUACACCGAGCAGUGCACAUUGUGCACUUUUCGAAUACGCAGCCCCAUAGUGAGCAAACGUGUUGGAGAUGUAAACAUACGUGCCGUGAGUGGCAGGCACCACGGUGCACAAACUCAUAUAAAGCUGAGUCCCACACAGAGGACUAUUUCGGCAAGCUCCAAAGUGGUGACUACUGAGCACCAGCGUUGCUGCAUGAAGUCAAUAUCGAAGAACCAGCGUUGGCGUCGAAAAUGGAACUGCUGUUCGAAUGUUCCUGACAGUCCCGAUGUGCCGAACGACAUUAUUAGCGCUUUGACAAUGCGCCACCAACACAGCUCUGCCACAAGCGCCGGUAAGAAAGUGAAUGCUACAGAAAUGCCUGUACAUUUCAUUAAAACAGUGAAUGGAAGCGGAAGCGGAGACAGCACAACCGGCAGUGUAAGCAGUAGCCGCCCAACCUCUCCUCGCAGUGCCAAUCUCAAAUCAAAUUCCCGCUCGCGUUACUCUCGCACCUGGCCAAUGCCACGUCUGCGCCACGUGAUGCGCAUGCUGGGUCGUUAUCGCCGAACCCGCUGUCGAAAAACUGACGGUAAUGGUGAGGUUGCUGGCAUUGACGAACACCAAGUUAAACAGAACCAAAUCCGCCCACUUCACUUGCGAACUAGCGGCAACGACGCAUAUAGUCGUCAUCAUCUUAAUCACCAAAAUCAACAACAAAAUUACAACGAUAGCAGCUCACCACAACCACCCUCAUCCACAACGACCACAUCUGAGCGCAGCGAUCAAAGUAUGUACAGUGAUUCGAGUAAUCUCACAACACCCUCGGGUCAAACGCCCAAUGCAAUCGAGACGAUCCUGCCCACAUCAAUUAUACGUGAUGAUACGUCCAUGACAUAUACGACACCAAUGGGAAUCACACUCCCACCAGCCUUACCCCCACCAACACGACGCAAAAUACCAAAUCCUACAAAUCUAGAAGAGCUCGCAGAGACACUAAGUUUCGUCUCCCAUUCGUCGGGUGGUGGUUCAGGAACUUUAUCGCCAGUGCAACGGCUCCCAACUUUGAGCAAUGUUUAUCGUCGACAACGACGCAAACAUUUUCUGCGCACGCGUUCACCAACUUUGUCGCCUAUACACGAAACUGGACUUUCAAACCCAACAUCACCACAACCGGGACGACACAAUGCUGUCGCCUCCAACUAUAGUGCUUUUGCUGUGACGGGUAGUCUAGGCGAUUCAGCCGAAAUAGGCAGAAAGAAUUCAUCGAAUAGUUCACUACAUAGUAUUAGUUCAAACUCUAGCAGUACUUAAAUAUUUGCAUACGUGAAGUAUAGAAUGUCUGUUUAAUUUUUAAGAAAUGGCGAAAAAUUCUGCUUAAUAUCUAGCAGUUUAGUGAAAAUUACACAUACAUACAUAUAUAUCUGUACUGUAUUGUCGGCUAAAUGAUUAAUUAAAAAUUAGAGGAGAUUAACGCAAUAUGGUAGUAUCAGUAACAAAGUAUAUGUCUUCGGGUUUUUAAUAAAUAACGCAUCGUUAGGAAUAUCUACGAAAUAAUUUAGAAAGUUUUGCUUUCAUCUUAUUUUGGAAAAUUUUCAGCUCGUCUGAUUUGGUAGAAAUUUUCAAAUGUAGCUAAAAUGUGACAUGAUAGAAAAUUUGUAUUGCCAGACUCGGAUUUAGCGCUCAAAAAUCCAUAGAAAAUUACUUGCCAAUCCCAAAAAUAAAUUUGAAAAAUGAAAUUCUGGGCUUAUUUCAUCAACCUGACUGAUAUCUAAUGAUUGUUGGGUCGA